AUGGCCCCGAGGGAGCACAUCUUCUUCUUCCUACACGCCAUCCCACUCCUCGUCCUUCUUCCCCUUGCUGUAUCCACCACAACCAGCAACGACAGUUUCAGCUUCGUAUACGAUGGCUUCUCCGGUGUCAACCUCACCCUCGACGGCAACGCCAAGGUCACGCCGGACGGGCUCCUCGAGCUCACCAACGACACAUCAACCUUGGCCACGCCUUCUACCCGACCCCGCUGA